AUGGCCUCCGGCGGCGCGCCGCCGACAGUUGCCGUCGCCGUGGGCCCCGGCGGCAGCGGCAGCCGCCUCGCCGCGCGGUGGGUCGCCGCGGGACUCCGCGACGACGGCCGCGCCACCGCCAUCGCCGUCGUCCACGUCCUCCCCGAGCUCUCCUACGUGCCUUCCCCGACGGGGGAGCGGGUGCCGGUGGCGCUGGUCGGAAGGGAGCCGGCGGAGGCGUACGCGCGGGACCGGCGCGCGCGCGCGGAGGAGGCGCUGCUCCCGUUCCGCCGCCUCUACUGCUGUGGCCGCGCGAACGUCACCGUGGAGACGGUGGUGGUGGAAGGCGACGGUGUGGCGGAGGCGCUGCUGCGGUACAUGCACGAGUCCGGCGUACGGAGCCUGGUACUCGGCUCCGCGUCCUUCCGCUGGUUCCGGAGGGUGCUGAGCAUCCCAGAUGUCCCCGAAUCUAACACAAACUUGAGGAUCGAGUCCAUUAGUCAUAAAACAUUUGCACUAUCACAUAGGAGUUUACUGUUUGACAACUUUGGUGAUGAUGAAGCACAAUCAGAUUCAUUCUCCCAAUCCCACAGCUCACAUAGUGCUUCUAAUGUUGUUCCAAGUUCAGAAAGUUCCGGACAAGUUACUUCAGGAAGUUCAGGAGUAAAUUGUGCAGGAACAGAAGGAAGUAAGAACUAUGAUUCUCUUAGCUCCUUGGGGGAAGAUCCUUGUGCUGCCUCAAACUCCAGCGAAGAGUGCCAAUCUACAGAUGAAGUGUCCAAACUAAGGAAGGAGCUGCAGGAAACCUUAGUAGUCUAUGAUAAAGCUUGUGUAGACCUCGUCAAUGUUAAGAAAAAGAUUCAGGUACUUUCUAUGGAGUGUUCUGAAGAGGCUAGGAAGGUGGAGCAUGCACUAGAGUGGGAGGAAGCUUUGAAGCAGAUGGUAUGUGAUGAGAAGGCGAAACAGCUCGAGGUCAUCAACGAAGUUGAGCAAGCAAGAAAAUCGUUCACCCGAGAGGCUUAUUCAAGGUACAAGACAGAAAUGACUACCAGCACGUUCUCUCAGGAUAAGGUGCAGAUUGUUGAUGCUAUUUUGUCAAAGAGCAGAAGUUGCAGGCGGUAUUCAAAGAAAGAUAUAGAACUUGCCACUGAUAACUUCUCUGAAGAAAGGAAGAUUGGUGAGGGGGGUUAUGGCAAUGUGUACAGGUGCACCCAUGAUCACACUGAAGUAGCUGUGAAAGUCAUUCAGGAAGAUUCCAUUGACAAAACUGAUGAGUUCUUGAAGGAGGUUGAGAUUCUUAGUCAGCUUCGCCAUCCCAACCUGGUUUUGUUGCUUGGUUUCUGUCCAGAAAUUGGCUGUCUGGUAUAUGAAUACCUGAAGAAUGGGAGCCUAGAAGACCAGCUCUUCAAUAGCAAAGGGUGCCAACCACUGCACUGGUUCCUCCGGUUCCAGGUCAUCUUUGACGUGUCCUGCGGGCUUGCAUUCUUGCACGCAAGAAACCCAGAGCCUAUUGUCCACCGUGACCUCAAACCGGCCAACAUCUUACUGGACAGGAACUACGUGGGCAAGAUCGGCGACGUCGGUUUCGCAAAGCUCAUCUCUGAUCUUGUGCCUGACUGGCAAACCGAGUACAGGGAGACGAUCGUCGCCGGCACACUGUACUACAUGGACCCUGAGUACCAGCAGACCGGGACCGUUCGUCCCAAAUCUGACGUGUUCGAUCUGGGAGUUGUCAUUCUGCAACUCCUGACUGGCAGACGCCCAAAUGGGCUCAUUGUGAGCGCAGAAAACGCUGUGAGAAACGGCAGGCUCUCUGACAUCCUCGACAGAUCUCAGACCGAUUGGCCACUUGCCUGUUCGCUUGAACUUAUCAGCUAGAAUCUACAGUAUUUUUCUCUCAUAACAAAACAGCUCCAGCCGGCUUAUCAGCCGGCUUUAAUACCAGCCGAACAGAUGUUUGCGAGGCUCGGAUUGAGAUGCACGGCCUUGAAGUGCAGGGAUAGGCCUGAUCUUGAGGCAGAGGUGCUGCCGAAGCUCGAUGAGAUCCUACACAGGAUUACUUCUGCUGUCAAUUUGAGAAACCCAAAACUGAGUGUGCCAAGUCACUUCAUCUGUCCUAUAACACAGGAGUUGGAGGAUCCUCACGUCGCUGCCGAUGGCCACACCUAUGAGCAUUACGCGAUCAGGGCUUGGCUCAAGAGGCACAAGACAUCGACUGUUACGAGGAGGAAGCUCCCGAAUUCGUCCAUAAUUCCGAACCAUUCGUUGCGCGCCGCGAUACAGCAGUGGAAGUCACAGUUACCAGCAAACGAGUGA